AUGCAGCGGAGCGGCAGCACACAUGUCAUCAUCCACAAUGUGCCGCUCUACAUGAAUGCCAACCUCAUUGAGACCCCAGACAACUUUCUGUGGAUAAAGCGCAGGUAUGCGGGCACGGCCCCUCGCCCGCAGCUUCUUGGAGCAGUGGUUGGCCACGUCCCGACAGAGGUGCACCUCCUCGGGGUGGGUCGUAAGGCUGUGGAGCCCUACACGGCGGAGCCCGACAUCUGUCGCCACUGUUGCCGGUGGGGCCAUCAGGAGUGGCGCUGCAGAUCGGCCCCUCGGUGCCGGUAUUGUGCGGGCACCCACAAAUCAGCUCUGUGCCUCCAGAAGAUCCAGGCGGGCACACCCGUCCCCCGUAAGUGCUGCAACUGUGGUGGUGAGCAUAACGCCCACUACCACUCCUGCCCGAUGAAGCCUAAACCAUCUCGGGUCGCGGCGCCUGACCACCACCCUCAGCAAGGCCGCCCUAGGGUUGUGUUCCGCCCUGCUCCUCUCCCUCAGUCCUCGGCCUGGGCCCGGGGGGCUCCCACAACGUCCGAGUUUCCGCCCCUGCCGGGCUCGUCCGCCCCUGCUGCCCCAGCCUCACCCACUGCCACCCCUGUGCCUCGCCAGGCUCCUGCUCCGGCACCCCAGCCACAGCCUACCGUCCCCCCUGUGCCGGCUGCCAGUCCCCCCGCUGUCGAUGGGUCGACCCCUGUCCUCCAUCAAAUCCUCGCUGCAGUCACCCAGCUGCAGGAGACGCUGGCUGCAACGAUCUCCAGGGUGGCGGCCUUGGAGCAGCAAGUCUCCACGCCCUGCCUGUGCGUGAGCUCUCCUCCAUCCCGGCCCCUGCUCCAGCUUCAGCCCGGCCCCGUGCCCUGCCCUGCCGUCUGCUGGUGA